UUGCUUGAUAUGUUGGUACAAUGGCAACCCUUAAAAAUAGACCAAAACAAACAACUCUGGUUACCUAGCGAGUGUGUCAAUACUCAUUUGUUCUUUUUAUUUUCAUAACCAAAAAGGCCCCAGAGAAAGACUUUCAUCAUGUCGAAUAUGGAGAAACACUUGUUCAACCUCAAGUUUGCUGCCAAGGAGUUGCAGCGAAAUUCUAAGAAAUGUGAUAAAGAGGAAAAAGCAGAAAAAACCAAAGUGAAGCAGGCUAUUCAGAAGGGUAACAUGGAGGUAGCAAGGAUCCAUGCAGAGAAUGCCAUCCGUCAGAAGCACCAGUCCAUUAACUUCCUGAGGAUGAGUACCCGUGUGGAUGCUGUGGCCUCUCGGGUCCAGACUGCUGUCACUAUGAACCAGGUCUCUAAAUCCAUGUCUGGAGUGGUCAAGUCUAUGGAUGCUACACUAAAAAGCAUGAACUUGGAAAAGAUUUCUGCACUCAUGGACAAGUUUGAAAACCAGUCUGAGACUCUUGACGUGCAGACAGCUCAGAUGGAAGACGUAAUGAGCAGCACCACCACCCUGACAACACCUCAGAAUGAAGUGGAUCUGCUGUUGCAUGAAAUGGCCGAUGAAGCAGGGCUGGAUCUUAAUCUGAAACUUCCUCCAGGCCAGACUGCCUCACUGGCCUCAUCUGAGGCAUCAGUAGAGCAGGAUGAGCUUUCCCAGAGGCUGUCCAGGCUACGGGACCAAGUGUGACCGACUUAAUGACAUGGAGGAGAAACGGAGGCCGAGGAAGUCGAGAUGAAAAACAGGGAGCAGAAGAGAAGCAGGGAAAAAUAAAGCUGCGUUAUGUGCCUGCACACUUUGUGUGCUCCUCCCUGUUCUCGCUUUAAGGGAAAUAAAACAGAGGACUGUCACAAGAGAAAACAACGACGGUCCUGCCUUUUACUGCAUCACACUAUGAUACUGUUAAUUUGCCUGUUGAACACAUUAUUAUUAUUAUCAUUCAGUAGCAGAAACAGCAUAUAACAGCAUAUGUGUGUAUUUUUAACAAGAAGUGAGUGUUAUGUAUACUAAUACCUCACAAAUGGGUUAUGAUAUAUUUAUAAAAUUCAAAAAGCCAUUUAUUUAUUUAUUUAUUUAUUGAUUUAUACGUGUAAUGAUAACUGACUGACUGGCAUGUUGCAUUGUUGCAUUAUUCAUCUCUUUCUGCUUCCAGUGUAUAUAAAGUUAAAAACAUGGUUCCUAGUAAAUACAGGCUUUAGCAUGUUCUGAAAAAACAGGAAUUGCACUGAUUUUUUUUUUCAAAUGUAGCAGUAGCCACUCAAGGGACUCACCAUGCACGGACAGAAAGCCAAUAAAAAGUUCUGAACCAA